AAAUAUCAAUAAUACUAGCCUGAGCAGACUUUAAAUAGAGAGCUUCUAGUCUUAAAAAGCUGGAACCGCAUGUCUGAUAGCCACUUAAUGUCUACCAGCAAUCUUCAGCCUUUACAGAGUAUGGCUGCCGGAAUUGAUGUGGCGACACCUCUAAAAAAGAAAAACAAGCCCGAGUCACAGAAGAGAAGGGACAAGAAGAAGAAUAAAAAGAAAAGGAAAAUUCAAAAAGCCAAAAGAGCGGCGGCUCCAAAGAAUAAAGAUUGGAAACCCGACCCGGUUCUAGAAGCUCUCAAGCAAUCAACCACAUUUAGAAAGAUAGACUCUGUCAAGGGUCCGAAAGGGGACCGAACAUUUGAAGAAUAUGAUACAGGGACGGAAUCUGGUGGUCAGACAACUGCCCAAGUACCUGGCGAUAAAGAAAAGAAGCAGCAAGAGAAGAGGGAAAAGCGGGAGAAACGGCAGAGGAAAGAGGAACGAAGGGCGAGAAGGGAAGCAGCAAUAACUAAAAUGGGUGUUGACAUGGGGCCCGGCGAAGGAACCAUGGUCGUGGAAGGAAUUCCUGAACCAGACCAGGUGGAGGAACAAGAAAAAAACAAAUCCAUGCCUUCGCUUGAGCGUUCUCCUACUCCACCACCACUAGUAGCUUUUCCUCUUCCACGACUAGCCCCUGCACCAGACGCAUCAGUACUCGCUAGGCAAGGUCUUCCCAAAGGUUUGGAAGACGCCACUUUCAUCGAUCAAUCUUUGAGGGUCGAAGUCGAGGGACUCAGCGUUGAGGGUCGAGAUGAAGCUCUAAGCGUGAACAUGAGAAGAAGGUUAAACGAGAUUGGGAUUGAGGACUUCUUUGCGGUCCAAGCCGCUAUGCUGCCACGCCUUCUUCCUCUUCAACUCAUUCCUUCACCUUAUUGUCCAUUGCCUGAUUAUCUUAUCUCUGCACCUACCGGCUCUGGCAAAACCCUUGCCUACACCAUCCCCAUCCUUGAAAUCCUUUCGCAGAGAACGAUUUGCAGAUUAAGAGCCUUGAUUGUUCUUCCAACAAGAGACCUUGUUUUUCAAGUAAGAGAGACAAUGGAGGCCCUGUCAAAAGGAACAGGGUUGACAAUAGGAACAGUGACGGGGCAGCACUCUUUCGCUCAAGAAAGGAAACAGCUCGUUGCAGACCUGGAUACACCUCUGUUAGGUGGAUCAUCUAAAUUGGAUAUCCUGAUCGCCACACCAGGUAGGCUAAUGGACCAUCUUGCCUCAACUCCGAAUUUUACCCUUCAACAUCUGCGAUUUUUGGUUAUCGACGAAGCCGACAGACUACUAAAUCAAAGCUUUCAAGACUGGCUGACUCAAGUAUUGGCUUACACACGCCCGCCUGUCGAACCCAUAGCACCAUCCUUCAAAAGAAAGCCUUACGACACUGUUUCAUCUGCGUUUAUGGAAGCAUGCGGUCUUGUCGACAAAAGAGGAGAGUGGUGUGAUUCUUCUCCUUCAAUCUGUCAAAAGCUCCUUUUUUCAGCGACUCUCACGCGUGACCCCUCCAAAGUUGCUGCUCUUUCUUUACAUCAUCCUCAGUAUUACAUCGUUCAGUCUUCCAGUGUACCUGCAUUGCCAACAAGUGUUGGGGAGCAGUUUGCAUUACCAUCAUCUCUAUCCGAGAAAAUGCUUAUUCUUCCCCCUGCCCUCAAGCCGCUCAAUCUUAUUCAUCUUAUUCACCACUCCGAAUUUAACGUUGACAGGGCACUGGUAUUCACCAAGAGCGUAGAAAGCGCUGCAAGGUUAGUGAAGCUAUUAGAGUUUUUCGAAGAUGCGUAUGUAUUAGGAGGAGGCGGUGGGAAGAGGCUGGUUGUCGAGCAAUAUUCGGGUGAAACGAGGGCCAAAGAUAAAAAGCAGUUAUUAGCAGAAUUCGGUGAAGGCAAGGUCAACCUAAUCGUAUGCUCCGACUUGAUCGCGCGAGGUAUAGAUUUGCCAAGCGUCUCACAUGUCGUCUCCUACGAUAUCCCGCUUGAUAUUCGAAAAUAUGUGCAUCGUGUAGGUCGAACCGCUCGAGCAGGUCGACAGGGCACCGCGUGGACGUUGGUCGAGAAGCAAGAAGCCCUUCAUUUCAAGGGCAUGUUGCAGAAUGCUGGCCAUCUGAAGGCUGUGAAGAAAGUCAAGGUAAAAGAGGACGAUCUUUCUCCGUACAGAGAAAGUUAUGAAAUUGCUAUGAAACGGUUGAAAGAUUAUUAUCACCACGACUAAAAUAGUUGCGGCUAUUAAAGAUCCAUCCGUCAUAGAGGUUAAUGGUGUUACAUACAUUUGUUUGCUAUAUUUGUGGCUUGCUCGACACAACAUGAACAUUUAUCAAAACUCUACAUAUAUUCUUAACUCUUCAACACUUGACAGCGACUGAAGCCUUCUAACAUGGGCUAGCUUAUUACAGUUGGAUACCAAUCGCAGUUGAUCACGCUUAAGCAGGAACAAUUCUGCUUGUCAAUUGGAUUG